GGGCCUAUCUGCCUUCUACAGACAUUUGAUAAAAUCAGGAACUUCGCAUACAACUCGGGAAGAAGUUCACCUCCGAACCUAUUAGGGCAAACUAUGAAAACUUGGUAGGGUCCUCCUGUCCCGAGAUCCACCACUGCUAAGGGACUUCACGGAGUCCGAGGGUCUCACUUUUUUCUUGUUUUUUUUUUUUCUUUUCUCAUUAGUUUUCCUUUUUUUUCCAUCAUUUUUUAAAUAUGAUUUUUUGCAAGUCAGUUAUUCUGGAUGUUUGAAAACUGAAUUAAGAAAAAUUCACUCAGAAGUUGGCUGAAUGUUGCAAGCUUGCAAGAUGGAAGGAUUUCCCCUUAUUCCCCCUCCCUCUGAAGAUAUGGUACCCUAUGAGUCAGACCUCUACCGACAGCCCCAUGACUAUUACCAGUAUCUCAACAGUGAUGGAGAGAGUCAUGGUGAUCAUUAUUGGGAAUAUCAUCCACACCACAUGCACAGUGAAUUUGAGACCUUUGGAGACAACCAUUUCACAGAGCUGCAGAGUGUGCAGCCUCCCCAGCUGCAGCAGCUCUACAGGCACAUGGAGAUCGAGCAAAUGCACGUCCUGGAUUCUGCAAUCCCAACCACACACAUCGGACUCAACCAUCAGGUGUCCUAUUUGCCCCGGAUGUACUUCUCUCCACCUCAGCCCAGCUCUGAUGAGGAGGACAUAGAGAGGCAGAGCCCCCCCUUGGAGGUUUCAGAUGGGGAGAAUGAUGGUGUGGAGCCUGGGCCUGGAAUUAUGCAUGGAGAAACAGGCAGCAAGAAAAAGAUACGUCUGUAUCAGUUCCUUCUGGACCUUCUUCGCAGUGGGGACAUGAAGGACAGCAUUUGGUGGGUGGACAAGGAGAAAGGUACUUUCCAGUUCUCCUCCAAACACAAAGAAGCUUUGGCGCAUCGCUGGGGCAUCCAGAAAGGCAACCGCAAGAAAAUGACCUACCAGAAGAUGGCACGGGCUUUGAGAAACUAUGGCAAGACAGGGGAGGUCAAGAAAGUUAAGAAGAAGCUGACCUACCAGUUUAGUGGAGAGGUGAUGGGAAGGGGGGCCGCUGAUAGGAAGCAUUAUCCUCACUGAGGCCAUGGGACCCUAAGCAAGAAAAAUAUUGAGAGCUCCUGGCUGGAUUCCAGCAGAGGAGAUGGACACAUCUUUCUCUUUGCUUCCUGUGCCCCCUUCUCUGCCUUUAAACAGCCUUUAUCAUCAGAUGUUUCUGGUACGAAUCCCCUUCUUCAGCAUCUGAGAAUCCCAAUCAUGACAGAAUUCUUUGCUUCCAUCCUCCAAGCUGGACAGAGUUGGGAAAUUUAAACAAUGUACAAAUAUAUUGUCAGGAAAGAUAUUUUUUUCUUAAUUUUUUCUCUUUUUUUUUUUUUUUUUUUUUUUUUGUUGUUGUUUUGAUUGUAUUGUAACUAAAGAAUACAGCCAAUGAAGUUUUGCCUCCAGAGGUGGUGCUGUGUCACCCACAGUGACACCGCGUUAGCUUCCAGCUUUUAAACUAGCAUUAAUACAGGCUCUGCCGCAGCUCUCAGAGCUAGAGAGAAGUUUGCAGAUCUUGGAAUGAGACUCGUUCUUUUAAAUAGUAAUAACAUGUACAUAUUUAAUAAAAUUAGGUAUAAUGAA